AUGCCCAAGGACCAGGCCAAGGCCCUGACUGAUGCUAACAAUGCUGCACUUGUCGUUCGGCAGAAGUACUCUGCUUGUAUGAGGGCUGCCCAGAAGCAGCAGCAAUCACCCCAAUUCUACAGUAACUAUGUGUCCGUGCAGCGGCUCAUGCGAGAAGGUCUCCAUCCCAAGGUCACGACACUCUCCUUCGCAGCAUACGUGGCUCGAUGUGACAAUGCUCAGAUCUCGCUCGCAAAGCCUUGCUGGGAAGGCGACGUCCUCAGGGCCUGUCUGGCAAAACGCCACGUUUUCUCAGCGCCCUUGGUCAUGAGUCGAACCUUCAUCGAGGCUAAAAUUGAAGAUUUGAUGAAACCGUCCACGCACAAGUUGCUCGUGCUCCUGUCGGACGAGAGCAUUGGUCCGGAAAUGAUGGAGGCGGGUUUCGCGAAUAGUCUGAUACGACUACACAACCUGGCAGUUAGUUCCAUGGCCACAUGGAAUGCAGUAACCAAAAACCUUCCGGAGCGUCCAUUCGAGUUCACCUACAUGUUCUUGGGUCGCAAGAUGAAGAAGCUCCUGAGUCACAUCUUCGACAAGAGGCUGGCACUAAAGGCGCUGCAUUUCAACGGAGUACCUCUUCUUGAUCGUCGGCUGCUGGCAAUCAUUAUGCGGAGCUGCCCCAAUGUUGCGUCUGUGGGGAUAUACAACUGUCCACUCCUCCAUUAUGGCGAUUUCAUCAGCAUCCUCGAUCUGAUUUGGGAAGUCAAUCAAACACGCACAGGCCUUACUGCCCAGAAGAUCGCGAGCCUGGACUUUUUUCCCGCGUUCUGGUACGGGACUCAAUUUCCGACUGAUAAUCGAUGCCCCUACACCGACCGAACAAUGCCCUCUUCAGCGGUGUAUGGCGUGUCGUGGGAUAGACUGCCCUUUGACCUCUCACACCAUGGAUUUAACCUUAUCUUACUUCAGGCUUUCUUCAAAGCAUCUAAAAUAGGGAUCGAGACUUUGUUUGACGAGGACUGCGGCUUGCGUCGCUUUUUGGCCAUGGUCCCUCGGCCAUUCCUCGAUGUUCCCUACCUCCUGGACGCAAUGUAUCGGAUGACGGAAGCCACCCCGGGCCAUAAGGGCGACCGACAGCGGAAAGAGGCCACUUUUGACUUGAUCAAAGCGCAGACUAUGCGUUUUGACGAGCCCAAGUACGAGGAGCUUGACUUCUUCGAUGUAGGUAUGGAUAAGCAAGCAAUGUUCUUCUGCCGGUCUUGCGGGUACCAAUCGCUUGAGGGAUUCUGGCCCGCAAAGAAUGUCGACGCUGGCGUCGCCCAUCGGAUCUGCUGCCAUCUGGAGCGAGAUCAGGUGCGAGGACUGAAGAUUGUGAAAGACUCUCUCCAGGGGCUUCCGGGCCUCGAGGAGCUCCUUCAGCGUUGGGACCUAUGGUAUGAUCAAUUCGAUUUACGUCUACAUCAGCUCGAUUCGUUCCGCACGGCGACACAAGAUUUGGUGGCGCUCAACGAGACAGCGCCCACGAAGCGGACCAGAAAGCUGUGUGCGAAACAUUGCCCUCGCGGCAAGCCGGAUCAUGCAGAGGAGCUGCAGAUCCCCAGUGCACAUGGUGCGGACGACUUACACUCAGCGCGCGGCGAGUUUGCGAGGCAGAUUAAACAUCAGCUUCACCCCGGCGAAGCGUAUGACUACUUCCAGAAGGACAAGUGGGAUGACUGGGAGGAAGAACAUUACCCCAGCCCAGGGUCGACCUUCUGGUGA